GCGAUGGACUUGGCCUAUGUCUGCGAGUGGGAGAAAAAGCCAAAAAGCAACCACUGCCCUUCCAUUCCCUUAGUGUGCGCGUGGUCCUGCCGGAACCUCAUCGCCUUCACCACAGACCUCAAAAAUGAGGAGGAAAAAGAUCUCACCCAUAUGGUCCAUAUCAUUGACACCGAGCAUCCGUGGGACGUCUAUUCCGUUAACUCUGGCCAUACUGAAGUCAUCACUUGUUUGGAGUGGGAUCAGUCAGGCUCCAGGCUGCUCUCGGCAGAUGCAGACGGUCACAUCAAGUGCUGGAGCAUGACCGAUCACUUGGCCAACAGCUGGGAGAACACCGUGGGCAGUAUGGUGGAAGGGGACCCGGUUGUGGCCCUGUCCUGGCUGCACAAUGGCGUGAAGCUGGCUCUGCACGUGGAAAAGUCUGGAGCAUCGAACUUUGGUGAGAAGUUUUCCAGGGUCAAGUUCUCUCCGUCACUGACGCUGUUUGGUGGGAAGCCCAUGGAGGGCUGGAUUGCUGUGACCAUCAGUGGGCUGGUGACGGUCUCUCUCCUCAAGCCCAACGGGCAGGUGCUGACGUCCACAGAGAGCCUGUGCCGCCUCCGCUGUCGCGUUGCCUUGGCAGAUGUUGCCUUCACUGGUGGGGGGAACAUCGUGGUGGCCACAUCAGAUGGCAGCAGCACCUCCCCUGUCCAGUUCUACAAAGUCUGUGUCAGUGUGGUGAACGAGAAAUGCAAAAUUGACACCGAAAUCCUGCCUUCCCUCUUCAUGCGCUGCACCACGGACCCUGCCCGCAAAGACAAAUACCCAGCAAUCACUCACCUGAAAUUCCUUGCCCGGGACAUGUCAGAGCAGGUGUUGCUUUGUGCCUCCAACCAAAACAGCAGCAUCGUGGAGUGCUGGUCUCUGCGGAAAGAGGGCUUGCCAGUCAAUAAUAUCUUUCAGCAAAUCUCCCCUGUGGUUGGAGACAAGCAACCCAUGAUACUGAAAUGGCGAAUUCUUUCUGCCACCAAUGACUUGGACCGGGUUUCGGCUGUGGCUCUGCCCAAGUUGCCAAUCUCCCUCACCAAUACUGAUCUGAAGGUAGCGAAUGACACCAAAUUCUUCCCUGGAUUAGGUCUGGCUUUGGCUUUUCACGAUGGCAGUGUCCACAUUGUGCAUCGCUUGUCCUUGCAAAUGAUGGCCGUCUUCUACGGCUCUUCCUCCCAGCGCUCAGUGGAUGAACAGGCUAUCAAAAGGCAGCGAACCGCUGGUCCCCUGGUUCAUUUCAAAGCCAUGCAGCUCUCCUGGACGUCUCUGGCCUUGGCUGGCAUUGAUAGUCAUGGGAAGCUGAGCAUGCUUCGCAUCUCCCCCUCCAUGGGCCACGUGCUGGACAUGAACAUGUCCCUCCGUCACUUGCUGUUCCUGUUGGAGUAUUGCAUGGUGACUGGCUACGACUGGUGGGACAUCCUUCUCCACGUCCAACCCAACAUGGUCCAGAACCUGGUGGAGAAGCUGCAUGAAGAGUAUAUGCGCCAGAACGCGGCCCUGCAGCAGGUCCUCUCCACACGCAUUGUUGCCAUGAAGGCAUCUCUCUGCAAGCUCUCCUCCAGCACGAUAGCGCGUGUGUGUGACUACCAUGCGAAGCUGUUCCUGAUCGCCAUUAGCUGCACCCUGAAAUCGCUGCUACGCCCGCACUUCCUGAACACCCCGGACAAGAGUCCCGGGGACCGACUCACCGAGAUCUGCUCCAAGAUCACAGAUAUAGACAUUGACAAGGUGAUGAUUAACCUGAAGACAGAGGAAUUUGUCCUGGAGAUGACCACGUUGCAGUCCCUGCAGCAGCUCAUCCAGUGGGUGGGAGAUUUUGUGCUCUAUCUGCUGGCCAGCCUUCCCAACCAGGGCUCCCCUGUGCGGCCGGGACACAGCUUUCUGCGAGACGGGGCCUCCUUGGGCAUGUUCAGGGAGCUGAUGGUGGUGAUCCGGAUUUGGGGACUGCUGAAGCCAAGCUGCCUCCCCGUCUACACGGCAACCUCUGACACCCAGGACAGCAUGUCCCUCCUCUUCAGGCUCCUAACGAAACUCUGGCUGUGCUGUCGUGAGGAGAAUCACAUAACGGAGCCAGAUGAUACCCUGAUAGACGAAUGUUGCCUCCUACCUAGCCAGUUGCUCAUUCCCAAUAUUGACUGGUUGCCCAUCAACGAUGGCAUUAUCAGCAAGCUGCAGAACAAACAGCUUGUCCGACUGCAGUUUGGGAAAGCUCCUGGGCUCAUUGGUCACACCGUCUCUUCCCAGUUUGAUGCCUUUGUCAGGGCGCCUGGACAGCCCAAAAUCGAUCAUCUGAGGCGGCUUCAUUUAGGAGCGUACCCAACAGAGGAGUGCAAGUCGUGUACCAGGUGCGGUUGUGUGACGAUGCUGAAAUCGCCCAACAAAGUCACAGCGGUGAAACAGUGGGAGCAGCGCUGGAUCAAGAACUGCUUGUGCGGGGGGCUGUGGAGGAGGAUGCCCCUCAGCUAUUCCUGA